CACUCGAAGCAAGAUAAAUGACGGCGUGAAACUGAAUCCCUUUCAGUUCCGGCUCGGGAUGAAGAAUGAAUCGAAAAUAAAUUCGCGAACAAAGGCAACAGAACUUAAAGACUGAUUAUUCAAUUUUCGAGUCUGCAGUUAAAUUGGGUCUAGAGCACAAUGCCGGAAUCGCUAAAGAGCUCCGAGUAGGCUGACAAAAAUCAAAACAGGGAUGAGGGACCGGAUGAAAUAAGAUGUAACAAUGGGAAGGAAUGACGAACGUCACGUGACGCCGAUAUGAGCUAGAUAAGAGGCAGAUGCGAGCAUGGACUUCUCCAUAAAGUAGAAGAGCGUUUUCAGCGGAAGUUUCGACAUACGGCGCAGGAAAUUCAGAAAUGGACAUGUUUCGGUAACAGAUGGUCACAGCUUAUAGUUCCUCGAUAUUUUAAUGCGAAGCUCCGUCUCAAAAGCUCGGUGUAGAUAGAUGACCUUAUUUCCUGCCCAAAUUAAAUUUGGUUUCUCGUCAUAAGUUUCUUUACGAAGGCGAUUUACCUUUUGUUCGCUUAAUUGAAACUUAAUUAUGUGAUGAGAAAAUGGAGUGCUGGAAGAAAGACUCUCGACAGCAUGUUCCUCGUUAGAGGUGUCUUCAAUGGAAAAUCCCAGGCGCAAAUUAAGCAUCUCGAAGCCCAUCCUCAAGGUCAAAUCCUGCAGUAAUCCGGCUAGUUCCGAGGAGGGAUAAUGAGGCAGCAGCGUAAAUGCCGUGAGCGUCAUCGCUGGUGACGUCAUGCGUGUGUUAAGGACGCUUCUUCCGAGACAGUCAAGUUCCGUUUCCGCGUUUUUCUGUGCGAUGUGGGUGAUAGUGGUGGUGAUCCUCGCGGAGGACUCGGGCGCCGGCGCCUCCCUUCUGGUGCACAAGUACAGCACGCGGGUGGUGCGGACUAAAUAUGGGCCCCUCAGGGGCGUCAUGAUUCACAUCAAUCCACCGGUAGAGGCGUUUCUGGGGGUGCCGUACGCGACGCCUCCGGUCGGCAGUCUUAGGUAUAUGCCUCCAGUGACGCCUUCGCUAUGGAAAAAUACCCGUCUUGCGGAUCGCUUUGGUGCUGUGUGUCCACAGCGUCCUCCCGACAUAGGAAAUAGGUCGGAAGCCCUGCUGGAAUUCCCAAGAGGAAGACUGCUCUACUUGGAGAAACUCCUGCCUCUACUUGCCAAUGAAAGCGAAGACUGCCUCUAUCUCAACCUCUACGUGCCCAGAACCGCCACUGGCGAAGAGGAAACCAAUCCGUUGCCUUGUGUAGUUUACGUGCAUGGUGAGAGCUACGAGUGGAACUCGGGCAAUCCCUACGAUGGGACCGUGCUUGCCUCCGCCGGCAAGGUCAUCGUAGUCACCAUCAAUUUCAGAUUAGGAGUGUUAGGUUUUCUUAAGACCGGUACUAAAGGUAGUGCCCAGGGGAAUUUCGGUCUAAUGGAUCUGGUGGCAGGGCUGCACUGGCUUAGGGAAAAUCUACCAGCCUUCGGAGGUGAUCCCGAGAGGGUGACUCUGAUGGGUCACAGCACCGGUGCCGCCCUUGUCAACUUUAUAGCUGUGUCUCCCGUAGCAAAAGAGCUCUUACACCGAGUCAUCUUGUUAAGUGGCUCGGGACUCAGUCCCUGGGCGCUGCAAAGAGAUCCGAUUUCGGUCAAACGCAGCGUUGCUGAACACACCAACUGUCAUGGCGACCUGUACGAAGACGAUCUGGCGCCGUGUCUGCGGAAGAAGCCGUUGGAUGAAUUGCUCAAAAUUAGGAUAGAUACGCCGAGGUUUCUGCCUGGUUUCGCCCCUUUCAUCGAUGGCACCAUCCUAGUGAACCCCACCAGCGCCCCUCCGGCCGGAAGCACCUCGACAGUGGCUACGUCCGCCGGCUACGAGCUGGCCGAUUUUUCGGGGCGCGACCUUUUGUUUGGUUUAACGACAACGGAAUCGUAUUUAGACUUGAACGCGCAAGAUCUCGAGUUCGGGUUUAACGAAACGAGGCGUGACAGAAUUUUAAGGACAUACGUGAGGAACUCUUAUUAUUACCACUUGAACGAGAUAUUUUCGACCCUCAAAAACGAAUACACCGACUGGGAGAGGCCUACUCAGAAUCCGCUCAGCGUGAGGGAUGCCACCCUAGACGUCCUUAGCGACGGGCACACCGCCGCCCCGCUCAUCAGGGUGGGGUACCUGCACUCGAUGCGCGGCGGAAAGACGUUUUUUCUCCACUUCCAGCACCAAACGGGGGACAGGGAUUUUCCGAUGAGGUCUGGCAGCGUGCGAGGCGAGGAUCUUCCAUAUAUUCUCGGGCUUCCUUUGAUUGGCGGAGGAUCAUUCUUUCCACACAACUACAGCCAUAGUGACGUAACCGUUUCGAAAACUCUCAUCCAUUACAUCAGCAAUUUCGCCAGGAAAGGGGACCCAAAUGGCGCCGUUCCAAAUGCAUCAGCGUCAGAAGCCAAGAACUCGCAAAAAAACCAUGAAGAAGUGAACACGCCUUACUGGGACACGUAUGAUACCAUCAACCAGCUCUACUUGGAAUUAGGAAACCGUCCGGAGAUGAGAAAUCAUUACAGAGGACAUAAAAUGUCACUCUGGCUGAACCUCAUACCACAGCUCCACAGGCCGGGAGAAGGAGAUGAUGUUUCCAUGAGGCAUCAUCAUUUCCAAGAGGAAGACGAUCAGUACUACGACGGCUCCGUCCGUCCGCAGACAAAAGAACGGCCACCCCUCAUCCAUGUGAUAGCCCCGCCGCCCCCGGCCACGACGGUGCGUGUUCCUCCGGCCACGACAUCGCUGCCGCCGCCGCCCCCCAAAUCCGACACCGCCCUCCAAGCCACCACGACAGAAUGCCCCCCCAACAACACCAUCAUCGUGCCGAGCGUCAGCAAGAACAACAACAACUUACUUCGGAAGCUAGCGUCCAGCCACUACCAGAGCUACACCACGGCGCUGACCGUGACCAUAGCGGUGGGGUGCUUCCUGCUGCUGCUCAACAUCGUCAUCUUCGCCGGCAUCUACCACCAGCGCGACCGGGGCAAGAGCAAGCGGAAAAAAAAGGAAGAACUGGCGGAAGCCGGGAGCUGCAGCAGCUCCUCGGGGGAGAACUACGAGAAGGCGUACGAGUCCAGGCAGCUGGCGUACGACUGCCCCGGAAAGAGCCCCUACGACAUCGCCAGGGGCGGUGUGUUCAAGGCCAUCCCCAACUACGUGGGGGAGUACAGCUGCGACAAGCGGCUGGCGGAUGUGCAGAUGACGGAGCUUCCGCUGCAGGAGUUCAAGUCGUCGCCGCCGCCGGCGAAGAGGCACGACAACCCCCACAGCCACCCCCCGGACGUGACUUCGACCAACUCGGAGAAGCCGCCGGUCACGAGUCCCAGCAUCCCGGAGCCGCCGCCGCCGCCCAAGGGGCAGCCGCCCACGACGGCGGGGAAUCAGGCCGGCAUUCUGCGGCCGCACGGGGCGCCGACCACGCCGGGAACUAUGAAAAAACGCGUCCAGAUACAAGAGAUUUCUGUUUGAGUGUCAGUUUUCUGUUGUGGACUGAUCAAGUAUUCAUACAACUGAAAAUCAAAAUCAUAUCUGACUGAACUUGAUUUUUAAAUAGUAAUCGCACUGUGAUUGUCAUAAAUUUAUUGUCAUAAGCUGAGUCUAGCGAUGACGAGCUGAAUUCGGUUAGGGGAUCGCCUUUUUGGUUGCCUUUCGAGUUUACUGUGAUAGUUAGCAUGCGGCCACGGUACAGGUUAUUGGUUAGUCCUAGAGAAUUAUUUGUGAGAUGCUUUUUGAAUAAAACUUGACAAAUUUCCUGGGUUUAAUCUGGGUUUAAAGCUACUUUAGAAAAUCGAAACACUGAUUAAAUGUCUUUUUAUUGUAGCUGAGAACAAAUAUCUAAUGACAGCUCCAAAAAUGUGCUAUGUAAAUACACUUUUAUAUUAUAAUUUUUUAAGUUUAUCCUUUUUCAAUCCUCACUAAAAAAAAAAACAAAAAAUUGUUCAUAUUUGUGAUAAAACUCAAGGCCUACGCGUCACAUGAUGGCAGCAUAAUUAAACAUUUAAGUACAAAAUAAAGAAAGGUCGCGGUUUAUUUACCUUACCUUGGUAUGCAGUUUUUUAAAAGAUGAAAAUUAAAAUGAAUUCAAUGACAAAAUGUUCGAUUUUAUUUUGAAAAUAUAACGCAAAAAAGAAACAUAAAAAUACUUCUUCAAAAAAAAAGUUAUAAAUUGAAUAUUUUCUUACAGACAAUCUCCAAUCAGAUGCAGUAAUGAAAGCGCGUGAUCAGGCUUGAACAACGAACCUAGCGUACCUAUUUUGGCAGGAGCUGUUCAUGAGAACUUUAAGUGAUCACUACAUCUACUUGGCGAUUCUAGUGUAAAAUAUUUCUGCUUGCACUGUUAUAUAAUAUUCAGCUUAUAGUUAAACCGGUUUUUUCUGCAAUUCGAUACCUCCACGAGUAAGUGAGUCAUCUGCUAAACACAAAUAACGCAAAAACUAAAUAUUUUCAAUGUUUUCGAUUUUAAAAACUAUUUCUAAAUGUGUUCCUUUAUGCAAAGUAAUUUUUAUUUUUUAAAAACAUACUUUGAAAAAGAAUAAAAAAUACAAUCUUAUAAUUAUAAAUCUUUGCCAAGUUAAGUUCUGAAAAUUUUAAGUCAAACAAUUAAAACACGCACAAAAUAUUGGCGACUUUGAAAUCUGAACAGCGUCAGGUAAAAAUUUCCAAUUUUCUUCAAAUUUAACUAAGCUUUUUUCCAUUUUUAUGUUAUUCUAUUGUUUGUUCGGAUUUUGUAUGUAAUCGUUUCGAAAUAUUUAUUUUUUUACCAACAAAAUCCGAAUUUAUUUAAUUUACAACAUUUUUUAAAAUUCCCAUUAAAAAGGUUUGCCGUUUAAACGAAUAUUGAUGAGAUCGUAAAUUUACGACGUUGGGCAAAAAAUUUAUUUCACACGCGAUUUACAUGUUCAAAAUUUUUUUUUAAUGUUUUUCAACUUUAAAGGAUACUAAUCUUGAAGAAUAUUAACUGCUAGAGAUUAAAAACACAAAAAUAAAAUUCUCAUAAAAUUCUGUUUUACAUAACAGCUGAAUACAAAUUCAAAAUACAGUUCAAUUUUGGAAUAACGUUGUUGCUAAAUCGACUUUCAAUUUUGUUAGAAUAUAUUGUACAUUCUAAGGAAUGAGAUUAAGUUUUCUUUAAAGUUUCACACUAUAUCCAGUGUACAAUAUCAUCUAAUUUUCAGUAAGUACUCUGGCGUCUUUCAACACUAGCCGUUGUAGAAUCCGCAACAAAAGAAAAGCUCUCUGAAAACAAAGAAGCUGCUGAUUCCUCUUUUAUAAAUAUUUAAAUUUCAUUAAGGUUGCUCUGCAUGCUUUACUUAUUAUAGCUUUAAAAAGAUUAUAAUCCGCGAAAGAAAUAUUCUUAUUGUACUUGAAUUACGUCGGUAAUCAGCCGCAGCACAUCUUCCUAACAAGCUUUGUAAAAUACGUAAUUCUUUAUUAUUCACGCUUUUCCAUAAUAAAGCAGAAAAUCAGUAUUUCAUUAUGCAUUGGUGAAAAUGCCAUUAGAGAUAAAAGAAGAAACGCGAAAGAAAUAACCCCAGAGAUAUUUAUUUAAAUUUCCACAAGUACGAUUUUCUCUUUUAUUUUUAUUUGACAAAAAAGUAUACGACUAGCGAUAUAUGGACCAAUUUCUGCACACACUAGACGAGAGUUUUAUUCAAAGAGCGACAUAUUUAAUUAUCUCAAUUCGUACUGGGCUAUGCUAUCUAUAAAUUGUUCUGUUACGGCGAUUCCCGCAAUCAAAGUUUCUAUUAUCCUAGGAAUUGAGUUGUGUACACUAAAUAAUUUAGCUUGCAUUACAAAACAAUAAAAGCCAAAUCAAAUGUAACUAUUUAAGGAAUUUGUUUAAUUUUAUGACAAAAUAUUAUGGCACGAUGGUGCUACUGUAAAUUUCUAUAAAUAAACAAAGUGCUGAAUCAAAAUGUGUCAACGA